CUCCCCCACCGAACGUGCGAUGGGGUUCUAAAUCCUUUUUGUCAAUGCUGUCUCGACCUCUGGGGAUACAUUCGCUAUUAUUCCUUUUACCCCAGGCGUCAUGACUGUGAACGAUCCAAAAGAUGUCUUGAACACCAUCAACUUCAUCACGCAGUGCUUGUGUAUCCCUAUCGUCAGUGUCUUUGUAAUUCUACGGUUCUCAAUUCGUACAUACUACAAGCAAUGGGUGGGAGUGGAAGAUUGGUCUUGUCUCGCGGCAUGGAUUUUGUUCAUGGGAUACUGUUCCGUCUCGAUUAUAGUUGGAAAAUACGGGGGAGGGUACCACAUUGAUGAUGUUUCGACUGCACACCAAGUCCUUUUCCGCAAGUUCUGCUAUGUCGCCACCGUCCUUUACUGUCCCAUGGCCCUGCUGGUCAAAGUCGCUCUCCUCUCCAUCUUGACUCGCAUCUUCGCUCCGUAUCGCACCAAAAUUCUCAUGAUCUACUUCUUUCUGGGCUGUCUGUGUGUCUACUAUAUAAUCGCCGAGAUUGUGAAAAUCCGGAUGUGCGACCCCAUCCCAGGAUACUGGACGGGUAGCCCCAAGGCCAAAUGUAUGGACCAACAAGCCGCACUCAUCGCCGACUCAGUCAUCAGUGUUGUCUCCGACCUGAUCAUCCUUAUUCUGCCUCUUCCCUUGACGUGGUCCUUGCAAAUGUCCCGCAGCAAGAAAAUGCGAGUCAUUGGUAUGCUUUCAGCUGGUGGACUGGCCACAGCGUUCAGUCUGUACCGUUUGGUUCUGGUGGUCAGAGAAGGCAGCUCAAGAGAUAUGACUAUUGUAUUUAUUUGUGUCAUUCUGUCUGGCAAUGCGGAGGGUGGGGUCGCCCUGAUAUGCGCUUGCCUCCCCACUAUCAACAUUCUCGUCAACAAGCUCCGCAAGAAGGGCUAUUACAGUUCCGACCGUUACGAGCCCACCUCAUCCUUGCAACUGAGUAAGAUGAAGAACGGAGGCAGUAAACGGUUUUCAAUGGGCACGUCACGUCGAGCCGACGGACUCGAAUCUGCUUCGGACCAAAGUCACCUUAUUUCCUUUGCUGGUGGGCUUGAUGUUGCCUCCAGUGCGGAAACAGGCGGUAUUCAUAAGACGGUUGACGUAUCACAGACAGUUGAGGUCGUGGCAGAUAGGGAACACUAGGUUGGAGUCAUUUGGGUUUACUUUCGUUUUCUUUUUCUAUGUUAUGGGAUAUACCACUGGCCGUGCUUAAC